UGGUAGUUGCAAUCUGCUGCCAGUUAGAUCCACAUCAUGUCUCCUAGAACCAUCAGAGCGUGGAUUCUUGUCCUGUGGAUUAGUUGCUGUGAGCUGGAAUCAGCCUGCGGCAGGGAAUACCAACUGAGGAUCACCCAUCCAGAUGGAACAGGAUUUCGCACUGAAUCGGUGGUCGAGGAUGCGGAAGGCCAUCGACAGAUCGAGGGAGAAAUUCGACAAUCUUACAAAGAAGGAGGCACUCUAAUCCUCUUUUACAAGGCUGGUCCUGAUGGAUAUCGCAGUCGUUACACGUACGAGGCAGGCGCACCUCUGAAUGGUACGGCCUCCAUAAAGAGAAUCGGUGUGAAUGCUUUAAAAUCUUCAGCGGGCUAAACUUCAGCAGAGAAUGUAAUGUAAU